AUGCCGUGAGGAAUGGGUUCAAUUGACCAUUCUACUUCGAAAUUAGAAGGAGACCAAAGGCAGAGUAGGAGGAUUCAAUUUAUUUUUCAUUAUCAGUGGGAAACGGGAUACUCUGCCGAGCCCUGAGAAACUGAAGCUGCCUUUGUCUGCAAGAACAUUAAUAUAUAUGGCUAUGGCUUCUCCCCUCAGAUUUUUCUUAGCUUUAGUCGCCCAAUUUGGAACUUCUUCAAUCACUCUGCUCUUCCUUCUCUUCUACUGUCCUGCGAUCCCCACUCAAGUCAAUGCCUUCUGCUAUGACAAUGGAAACUUCACGGCCAACAGCAGUUACGCUGAAAACCGCCGCCUCCUCCUCUCCACUCUCCACUCCAAGGCCAAUGACGGCUUCUUCUCCGGAAGCAUUGGCACUAGCCCCGACACGGUCUAUGCCCUCAGUUUCUGCAGGGGAGACCUUCCGGCACAAAACUGGAAAGGUGUUAUGAACUCGACAGCUAUAAAACUAAUGGUAAGCUGUCCAUAUCAAAAGCAAGGCAUCAGUUACGAAGAUUCUUGCUGCAUUGUUCGUUACUCAGACAGGCCAAUUGAUGGGAUCCUCGACAUGAGUAUAAAUGAAAUCGCUUACAACACUAGGAAUCUGUCUUUGAGCUGGGACAGGUUCAACCAGACUUGGCGGAAUCAUAUGGAAAGCCUUGCUGUGAAUGCCUCAAAGGGGUCAAGGCGUAAGUUUGCGACAGGGGAAGCAACUGUACCAGGAUUAAAUACGACUUAUGCACUCCUUCAGUGUAGCCCUGAUCUGUCGGAGAGUGAUUGCCUUCGGUGCUUAAUUAAUUCAACCUCAGAUUAUCAGAACUGCUGCCAAGGAAAGUCGGGUGGAGUUGUAAUUCGUAUGCCAAGCUGUUUUUUGCGGUGGGAUCUGUACAACUUCUAUGUUUCCUCACAGGCCACUGCACCAACACCCUCACUGCCACCUCCACCAGAUGAUGGGGCCCAGGGAUAUCUGGUGGUUUCCAUUGUUGUUCCGGCUAUCUGCUUCUUGAUUAUCGUCAUCCUCAUCACAAUUCUCCUGUAUCGGAGAAGGUUGAAGUUAAAAGUUCCCCCUGCUUCUACUGAAGAAUGGACAGCAGAUGAUAGCCGGCUAUUUAUGCUCAGUGAGAUCAGAGCUGCAACAAAUGACUUCUCUGAGAUACUUGGACAAGGCGGAUUUGGGAAGGUUUACAAGGGAAAGCUUGCUGAUGGACAACAAAUUGCAGUAAAGAGGCUUGAACGUUGCUCUAAUGAGGGUAAGAAACAAUUCAAGAAUGAGAUAACAUUGAUGGCCGGAAUCCAACACAAGAACUUGGUUAAGCUUGUCGGCUUCUGCUUUGAAGAAGGAGAGAGAAUCUUAAUUUACGAGUUCGUUCCCUAUGCAAGCCUCGACAGGUUCAUAUCAGAUCCAAACAAACGUGUACUGUUAGACUGGACGAAGCGCUAUAGAAUUAUAAAAGGAAUUGCUCAGGGGCUCCUUUAUCUACAUGUAGACUCACAACUCAGGAUCAUCCACCGCGAUCUGAAGCCAGCAAAUGUCCUACUGGAUGAUGAAAUGAACCCAAAGAUAGCGGAUUUUGGGACAGCAAGACUAUUUGCUUCAGAUCAAAGUAGAGAAAGAACGAGAAAAAUUGCCGGGACAUACGGUUACAUGGCCCCUGAGUACGUGAUACGUGGAGAGAUCUCUUUGAAGACAGAUGUUUACAGUUUUGGGGUUGUGGUACUAGAGAUCAUCAGCGGUCAGAAGAACGGAUACCUAAAUAUUGCUGGAUCCUUGGUCCACCUUGUUAGCUAUGCAUGGAAGAACUGGAAGAAAGGAACGGUGAUGAACUUGGUAGACCCUUUUCUCAAGGACGUCAGUCCAGUGAGCGAAAUGCUUGACUGCAUUCAUAUAGCAUUGUUGUGUGUUCAAGAGGAUGUGGUUUGUCGGCCCACCAUGGCUUCUGUUACUUUGAUGCUCAACCACGAGAGCCACAGCCUUCCUACACCUUCCCGUCCCGCAUUUAUAAACAACUCUUCAACAAUGGAGAAUCAAAUUCAAGCCCAACCAGAGCAGCCCUUGGCACGGACAACACCCUCCUCCAUUAAUGAACUUUCGAUCUCCAAUAUGUAUCCAAGAUGAUGGGACAAAAAGGGAAAAGUCCAUCUCAGUUUUGUGUUCAAGGGCAGUGUGCCUUUUUCUAUCCGGGAAAACGCAAAAUUAGCCACAUCUAACCAUUCAUAUCAAAUUCAUGUAAAGCAUGUAGAAUGUCGCAUAUUCUUUGGACUCACUCCAUUAUUUCAUUUACUUUUAUAUAAAGUAUCACACAUUAUGUUUUAA